UUCUACCUACCGAGAAGGUGCCAGGUUCGAUCCCUGGGUCGAUCAUCUUUUUGGUCUCAUGUCAUCAUAUUUCCUCCUGUUUUGUUGAUCUGUUAACUUAUCAUUUUUCAUCCCAUCUCCUAAAACCUUCAUCGCUGUCUCGCUUACUUUUGUUCCGCCAAAGGCUGAUGUCAAGCCAAGCCAACAGGCAAAACCGCCCGUGCCACACGUAGCGGCAAGUUCCUCUUCUCAACUUUUGGGAAGAGAAUAGUCACACACCCGCCUUUGACGACUCGACGAGAUGACGCCGUACUACCCAUCACGAAUUCCACGGCGCAAUCGCGUUAAAGCCAUAUAUACAAAAUUCGAAUCUAGAAAAGCCAGCUUCAAGCCGUUUCCCCGCCUGCCGCCUGAGCUCCGCCAAGAGAUCUGGCGCAUCGCAGCCUCCUCACCAGCCACGUUCUCACGGCAGGGUGUCUGCAUUCUCUCACAACCUAGCGACAUCUCUCGCCUGGUGGUUCACGAACCUCGCAACCGAUCCCUCCUGGCAACCUCCACCGAAGCGCGCUACGUGGCCCUGACGACUCCCCACCCAAGGCGCCAGUACGACCCGGAGAUUGACAUCCUCUACAUCCCCCGGCACAGUCUCAACGCCUUCCGAACCGCUCUCUUCCGUCCCGCACCAUCACCAGCCGACUACUGGCCCUACCACAAGAUCCGCCAUCUCGCCCUGCCCAGCACCGAAAUCUACCGCGUCCUGGCUGCCGGCUCCGACUUUUUGCUCCGGCUCUUCUCCCUCCAGACACUGACUAUCGUCUUUCCAGCGCCGUCAGGCACCGUUGACUACUCCCAGGACGUUACGCUGCCGCCGCCGCAACAGUCAACAGCAGCAGAUGGAGGAGGAGGGGAGGCGGUUGUUACGCAUCUCCGGCGGCUGCCGCGGGACGAGCUGGAGGGUAUUACCGUGAGGGCGGCCUACGACCACGAGACCGGCCUGGGGACGUUUCCGAUCCGCUGGACCAGGUCGGGAGUGAAGUACCUGCAAUGGGUCGAGGCCACCCUGAAGAGGACAGCCCUGCUGCGGGGAGACGGAGGGAUCGUCCCGCCGAUGUGGAACUUCAAGGCGGGGAGGCUGGGGAUCGAGUAUGAGGGGGCUUGUUUCGAGGCUUGGCCUGCUGCGAAGAGGUUUUGAUGUUGUAGCUCGUACGAUAUAUCAAUAGAAUUCCAAUCCCUUCC